UCAUAUAAUUCACAUUUUUGUACUGCACUACACUGGACUGACACUUCUCCUCCAUUAUUAUCGGAUUCCAUCUUCUUCUCCGUCGUUCUCAAUCGAAAUCCACCAUUCCGGCCGCCGUGAGCAUCUGUCGGCGCGCACCUAACAGUCCCGUGGUGUUCUUAAUCUGAAUAUGAUGUAAUCUUUUGAGUUGGGGGUUCUAAUUUUUAGAUAAGGUCCUCAUCCUGGUAAAGUGAUUGUAGAUGGUUGUUUGUUGUGCUGCUGCUGGAGUGUACUGUUGAGAAAGCAAUUAUUGGUGGUGGAAUUUUGCCAAGACAGGGUUUUUUUUUUUUUUUUUUAUGCUGAGUCAUUUGGUAGUGUUUUACGAUUGGUUAUUUAAAGGAUAGGAGAUGAAGCUCUUGUGAUGGCUUAGAAUGUUGAUGCCCAAGAAACUGGAGUAGUUAGUGGAGUUCCAUCCUGACCCGUUUGAGCUGCAAAGUGAUUGUAGAAGCAAACAUAAUAUAAUAUUUGUGAGUCUUCCGAAACAUAGCUAAAACGGGGUCCCUUUGUUGUGUGGCUGCAAGGCCACAUGGAUCAAAUGCAACCAGCAGGGAGUGGUCCAUGGGGCCACAUGAGCCUUACUGGCGAACUAAUUCGAGCUUUUCCCCGCCACCAACAAGAUGGGACUUCCGGUUCCAAUCUGAAGCUCUAUCAUUUGGGUCUCAUGAUGGAGCCCAAUUGUAUGGAUCAUCAGCUUCAUCAAACAGCAGAGAAAGUAGAAGCUGGGCAAGGGGAAACCAGUUCACGAAUCAUCAAUAUCUUGUAUCUGAUGGUAUUGGUGCAUACUAUAGUAGCCCAUCUGAUAACUCUCCUGCUCAGCAGUGGACUCCUCCUGCUAUACAAGAAAUCAGCAUUGAUGAUUAUGGCACUUCUAGGCAAGUUUUGAGGCCUUUAUCCUUCUCACCAACAAUGGAGGGAACAUCGACUGCUAGGGAUGGGAGAGGCUCGACUUCAUCCCGAUCUGACAGUAGUGAUAGUGAAUCCAUCACCAAGUCACAUUCCUCUCAUCGUAACUUUCCAAGUUGCCGUUACUUUAUGUCCAAACCCAUUCACCCCUUGUCAAUUCCAUCUGAAACGCCUAGAAGAGAAGCUUUUGACAGCAUCCCUGCAGGUUUUUCCGAAUUCGAUUCGACCACUCCACGGAGAGAUAAACACCGUUCCAGCAGUGCUAGUUGCAGUCUUGACCUGGAGGCUUCCGAGCCCGUUGAAUCUGACUCUUUAAGUAGGUCUUUUAACGUCUCGGAAGGUUUCAGAUGUGGGUUGUGCGAUAGGUUUCUAUCGCAGAGAUCGCCUUGGAGUUCCCGGCGAAUUGUCCGAAGUGGUGACAUGCCAGUUGCUGGGGUCCUUUCAUGCCGCCACGUAUUCCACGCCGAAUGUCUGGAACAAACGACACCAAAGUCACGUAAGAGCGACCCUCCAUGCCCAAUAUGCGCCAAGGUCGAAGAGGGAAGCUCUCCAGAUCAGCGGGCCUUCUCGAAGUUCUUCCCUCGGCUUAAACCCUUUUCUGAAGACGGGCCAUCCAAACCGUGGGGCUGUGCUCACGCUGGAGAUUGCGUCGAAGGGGCCCUACACGCACCCUCCCGGAACACCCUUCUCUCACUCAACCGCAGUCGAAUUAGAAAGAACCUGUCUUUGAAGGGCAAUCCGGUUAAAGAAUUCCCGGGGAAGCUGAGGAAAACUGGCUCGUAUUCAUCGCAAUUAUUUACCGGAUCGGUGGAUCACGGAACCGCUGGAUCUUCAAAGGCGGUGACAGGCUCCAGCUUGAAGUAAGAGGAAAGUUGUGGUUUUUGGCCCUAUGUGAAGUCUAGUUUUUUGGGUUGAUUGAAUGAUGAAAAUGGGAAAGCCUAAUCAUGUUGUUGUAGUAUUUGUUAAGGUGGAAAUGUGGUUUUGAAUUGAUGUCAUUAAACAUAUAUUGUAUGUUGCAUGCAUGCUUUAGCAUUGAAUCCCUGGGGGGAAUUGUUGUAAGAUAUAAAAUGAAAAACAUGGAUCCAAAAUUCUGUAA